CGACGAGAGCCGGGAGAUGCACCGGGCCCUGUGGGACUUCCUGUGCGCCCAGCAGGUGCAGGCCCCUGUGAAGCUCUAUUCAGACUGGCUGGCCGUGGGCCACGUGGACGAGUUCCUGAGCUUUGUCCCCGCGCUGGACAGGAAGGGCUUCCGGCUGCUCCUGGCCAGCCCCCGGGCCUGCUACAGACUUUUCCAGGAGCUGCAGCGGGAGGGCCACGGGGAGGCGCUGCUCUUCCAGGGCCUCAAGAGAAAAAAACAGCAGCAAAUAAAGGAGAUUUUGUCCAACAAGAAACUGAGGGAGCACAAUGCCUACGUGGAGAAGUGCAUCGACUGGAACCGCGAGGUGCUGAGGCGGGAGCUGGGCCUGGCCGAGGGCGACAUCGUGGACAUCCCGCAGCUCUUCAGGCUCGUGGGGGGCAGCAGGGAGCGCCUCAAGGCUGCCGCCUUCUUCCCCAACAUGGUGAACCUGCUGGUGCUGGGCAAGCACCUGGGCAUCCCCAAGCCCUUCGGCCCCAUCAUCAACGGCCGCUGCUGCCUGGAGGAGAAGGUGCGGUCCCUGCUGGAGCCGCUGGGCCUGCGCUGCACCUUCAUCGACGACUUCUACUCCUACCACGUCCGGCACGGCGAGGUGCACUGCGGCACCAACGUGCGCCGGAAGCCCUUCGCCUUCAAGUGGUGGCGCAUGGAGCCCUGAACGCGGGGCUCGCCAGGCGCCCUCCUGCCCCUGCCGCCCGAGGUGGCCGGCGCCCUGCGGCGUGGCGCAGCUGGAGCCCCCCGGGGCGGCUCACUUCCCUUCUCCUGGCUCCAGCCCCGAGCCCCCCCCCCCAGGUUCCCACGAGGGUCCCCGCGUCGCAGACUCAGCUGUGCUUGGAGGAGCUGCAGGGAAGCUGUCCGUCCCUGUGUGCGCCACGGCCACCCGUCGCUCUUGUCACUCACCAUGAGCUCGCUCGGCACCGCAGAAUUGCCAGGGUCUCGGAGCCAGCGUUACCGAGUGUGCCUUUCGCUCCCAGGCCUAGCGCCGGUGGAUAGAGUCUCUCGUGAGGGGCUGGCAUUGGACCUAGCAGUGAAGGUGGCUGAGUCCCACAUCAGAGUACGUGGGCUCCGCUGCUGGUCCACGUCCUGCCUGCAGCCCCUGGGAGGCGCUGGUGACGGCUGAAGCUACCCACGUGGGAGACCCGGAUGGAGCUCCCGGCUCCUGGUUUCAGCCCCAGCUGGGUUCAGUGCUGUUGCAUUUAGGGCAUAAGCCAGCAGAUGGGUGCAUCUUCUUUCUCUCAAAUAACAUUUUUAAAAUAUAUUUUUUUAAAUCUUGCAUAAGGGGGUCUAGCACUGUGGUGUACUAGGCUAAGCCUCUGCCUGUGGCACCAGCAUCCCAUAUGGACAGCGGUUCGAGACCCAGCUGCUCUACUUCCGAUCCAGCUCUCUGCUGUGGCCUGGGGAAACAGUAGAAGAUGGCCCAAGUCCUAGGGCCCCUGCACCCGCAUGGGAGACCCGGAAGAAGCUCCUGGCUCCUGGCUUCGGAUCGGCGCAGCUCCGGCCAUUGCGGCCAUCUGGGGAGUGAACCAGCGGAUGGAAGACCUCUCCCUGUCUCUGUCUUUCACUGUAUGUAAUUGUGCCUUUGAAAUAAAUAAAUAAAAUAUUUUAAAAAUA